CACAAAAUCCUGUGGCAAUACCUUUCUACGUGACCUAGGUUCGGCUAAACUGCAUCGCGGCCAGCGAAAGAUUGAUCGGGUGCGGUGCAAUCUCAUCAACGUAAAAGAACUUCAUCGUGAUCAGUCAGCUGUGCUUGGUCGUCGUCCGAGAAGUACUCGUCGGUACGAACUGGGCCCAAAAUUUUAUACCUAGGGUCCUUUUGGGCUAGGGAGGCGGCAGCUGCUUUAUUCCCGAUCCCGAUCCCCAUGCUGCCCAUGGAAGCCGGGCCAAGCUCCGAUGAGGAGGAGACGGUCGUCCUCUCCGAUUGGGAGAUGGAGAAGGAGGAAGAGGAGGAGACCGACGUCUUCACCGAUUGGGCGAUGGAGGAGGCCGCCGUCUUCCCCGACUGGGCGAUGCUGGAUCGCAUGGGCCGCACCCGCUGCCACAAGGACCUAGACGCUGCUCGUCUGGUUGUCAGCAAGAACAAGACCGCCGCUCGCCUCCGCAUUGACCGCGGCCUUUCCUUGUACGUGUCCUUCACCCUCGCGGCUCCGGGUGGGGUCUCCUACCUCAACCUCCACUGGCCGUCGGUGGGAGAAGGAUCCGACGCCGCCUGUUCCUUCGUCCGGGCAACCGACAAAGACCUCGUCCUGUUCGACAUCGACGUCCCGACCCGGGUUCCCUACUUCGGCGCCCCGCCAGAUCUGUUCGUCUACACGGCCGCCGGUCCUUCCCCCUCGGUGCAGCAGCUCCCUAUGUAUGCCGAGGAGAGGGGGAAAUGGCGGCGGUUCCUGAAGGGUCAAUUCACCACAGGCAUCUUGCGGCUCUCGGAGAAGCGCUACAUCGUCGCCGACCUCUGUGUCCUCGACGGCGCACUCUGCGUCUUCAACUCCUCCUCUGAGGCCAAAGAGUGGAAGGUCAUCCCCAUUACGCCUGGCCUGAUACGUUGGCACACGCCGGAGCAGAACCAGAGCAGCAGUGGUCAGCUCCCCAACCAAUGGUCAACUGACGAUGUGCUCGCUUUCGACGGCCGUUUCCUGUGCUGGGUCGACUACUUCAGCGGUGUCCUACUAGCUGACUUCUCUUCCGCUCUAGGUUCCCCGGCGCUCCACUUCGUGCCGUUCCCUGGAGAAAAGGAAUACCCUGCAGAGGUACGGGUCCCAAGGGAGUUCCCGGGGAGGUUCCGGAAUGUGUCCAUCAGCCAAGGCAAGAUGCGCUUUGUCCACAUUGACAAUGACUUCCAUGAGACAAUCGAGGAUGACUGGCCAUGGCGUCAUCUUCCCGAGAGAAGAAGCCAAGGGCAGCAGCAUCAGGGUCCCCCAAAAAUCACCAUAUGGACUUUGAACUCCGACAAGUUCAAGUGGGAGCAACAUGGCGUGAUCAACCUGGAUUGUCUAUGGGCGCAACGUGGUUACGAAGCUCUGGGCAUACGACAACGUCUUCCCGAGUUCCCAAUCGUCAGCGUCGACGACCCAGAUGUUCUUUGCUGCCUGUUAAGGGAGGAGGAAUUUAAUGGCAAGGGGUGGAUGAUCAUGGUUGACAUGAAGCAUGCAUAUCUGCGGUCAUCUACUCCAUAUAUCAAUCGACAUUCCUACUGUGCUAAGUGUGCGGAUGUGGGUUGUGCUGAGUGUGUGGAUGCCAGAAACGAUUUUCCUAAUACGCUCCUACUUCCAACUGUCUUCUCCAAACACCUUGAAAGGCCAACAGGUAGCUAGCUAGCUAGAAGAAGCUCACUCAAUAUUCAAAUUAUGUCUUUUAUUGACAUGGUUACAUUUGCUUAGCUUUCUGUUGGAUAUGGUAACACCGGUCCUUCUUCAGCCAUGCAUCAAG